AUGAACUACCUUCGCAGCACGUUGAACACCCUGCGCGACACUUAUGCGCCCGUAACUCAUACCUCGACCUUCCGCCAAACCGGCCAGAUAACACCCGAGGAGUUCGUUGCCGCCGGCGACUUCCUUGUCUACAAGUUCCCCUCCUGGUCCUGGGCCGACGCCUCCCACCCGUCUAAGCGCGUGAGCUACCUCCCUGAAGGCAAGCAAUACCUGGUCACGCGUGGUGUCCCUUGCCACCGCCGCUUGGACGAUAACUUCGCUGGCGAUGCUGGCGAUGAGGGUACCGUCGUUGGUGAUGGCUUCGCAGGCGGUGCUGGUGACGAUGGAGACGACGGCUGGCUGAGAACUGGUGGCGGCGCCAACAUGGGCGCGAGCCAGGAGCGCGCCGCGAGGGAUGUGCGGACGGUCGACGAUAAGGGCGAAGUCAGUGACGCUCCCGAGACGGACGAUGAAAUUCCGGAUAUGGAAGACGAGGAGGAUGACGAGGAAGCCAUCAUCCGCGACACGAAGGCCGGCUCUGGCACCGCUGCCCCUCUCCGCACCUACACGCUCUACAUCAUGUACACUCCCUACUACCGUACUCCGCGCCUCUACCUUUCCGGCUACCUGUCCCCUUCGGAGCCGCUCCCUCCGCACUUGAUGAUGGAAGAUAUCGUUGGCGACUACAAAGAUAAGACCGUAACGUUGGAGGACUUCCCUUUCCUUGACGUUGGCAUCAAAAUGGCCUCGGUGCAUCCUUGCAAACACGCUUCGGUUAUGAAGGUGCUCCUUGACCGUGCUGACGCUGCGCUGAAGCUGCGUGUGGCAAAGAUGAAGGCCGGUCAGGACGUAAGCAAGGGCCAUGGUGCUGAACUGGGCAUGGAAGGUCUCGCAGAACAGCUGGAAGGCGUGCAAAUCGGCGAUAAGAAGGAUGACAAGAAAGGCGACGGCGACGAAUGGGAGGUUCUGGACCAGGCAUCUACGCCUGAGGACGAUGUUGCUAUCCGGGUUGACCAGUAUCUGGUUGUGUUCUUGAAGUUUAUGGCCAGCGUCACUCCGGGCAUUGAGCAUGAUUUCACCAUGGGCGUAUAA